GGGGGGGGCCUGGUCUCGGCUUCACUGGAGGUCCGGUUUCGGCUGCGAACAUGUCCCGGCCCGUCAGAAACAGGAAGGUGGUCGAUUAUUCACAGUUUCAGGAAUCUGAUGAUGCAGAUGAAGAUUAUGGAAGAGAUUCAGCCCCUCCAGCUAAGAAAAUCCGAUCAUCACCCCGAGAGGCUAAAAACAAGAGGCGCUCUGGGAAGAAUUCACAGGAAGAUAGUGAGGACUCUGAAGAAAAAGAUGUGAAGACCAAGAAGGAUGAUUCACACUCACCAGAGGAUAGUGAAGAUGAAAAAGAAGAUCACAAAAGUGUUCGCCAACAGCGUCAGGCAGCAUCAAAAGCGGCUUCCAAGCAGAGAGAAAUGCUCAUGGAAGACGUGGGCAGUGAAGAAGAACAAGAAGAAGAGGAGGAGGCACCUUUCCAGGAGAAAGAUUCUGGCAGUGAUGAAGACUUCCUAAUGGAAGAUGAUGAUGAUAGUGAUUAUGGAAGUUCAAAAAAGAAAAACAAAAAGAUCGUGAAGAAAUCUAAGCCUGAAAGGAAAGAAAAGAAAAUGCCCAAACCUAGGCUAAAGGCUACAGUGACACCAAGUCCAGUGAAAGGCAAAGGAAAAGUGGGCCGUCCCACAGCAUCAAAGGCAUCAAAAGAAAAGACUCCUUCCCCUAAAGAAGAGGAUGAGGAGCCAGAAAGCCCCCCAGAAAAGAAAAAGUCUGCCAGCCCUCCACCAGAGAAGUCUGGGGAUGAAGGGUCUGAAGAUGAAGCCCAGUCUGGGGAAGAUUAAAAAGUGAUGGUUUGGGAAGAUUUUAUUUUAAAAAAAAAAAAAAAAAAGAGGGGAAAAAAAAUCUACUUAGGGGUAGAACAUGGUUUUGGCUAUGGCUUGACUCAUGGGCUUUGAAUGCUUUCCCCCCUUCCAUUUCCCCCCUCUGGUGAGAGAUAACAGCAUAUUCCCCCACCCCACCCCCUUUUUUUUUUUUUUUUUUUAAGAGAAAUUUAUGUUCAUGUUUUUUUUUUCUUUAAAUUCCCUUUGUCUAUUGGCUGCUCUCCCUCUCCCAAUCUCUGGUAAAAGCCAUGACAAAAUAUCCAAUGAAUUUACCACCUAACUUUAAAAAAAGAAAAAUGGAAGGGUUAUUACAGGUAAAGCAAUAAGAUUUGAGGCAAACCCUAUUGGAAUUUUAAUUUUACUAAAAGUUACCAAGGUGAGCAGGAAUCCAGAAAACAAUAAGAAUUCCAAAUGAAAAUGGUUGUUCCUUAUUUACCUGAAUUUAAGAAAAAAAUCACUGUCAGCAAGGACAAAAAUGUGUAUAUUAAUUUUUUUUAAUCAUGAAUCUAAACUUUCAUUGACUGGGCAGGAAGGUGAUAAAUGUGAAUACAACCUUAAAUUUCCCAUAUUUCUAACCCCAUCUGGGAACAACCAGGCCACAUGACUUUUUGGUGUGGGUUUUUUGUUGUUAUUAUUUUUUUUGGUUGUUGUUUUCUUUUGUUUUGUUCUAUUUCACUCCUGGUCAUCUCAAGGAGAAUAGGAACCAGUAAGAAAUCCUUUUCUCCUGCUAAGGUCUUUAGGGAGUUAAAUGAUGCUCAACCUAAAAAUCAGGGGAGCAAGUGCAUCAAAAUCUAAGUGACUUUGUUUCAGACCUGAAUAUCCAUGGUUCGUGUUUUUAAAGUAAAUAUGUAUCUAUUCUUUUUCCUAGAAUAAAUUUUACCAAGGAUCAAGAGGAAUUUAGAUUUUAACAGCAAGAUUGCUGUACCACAUCAAAGUGGGUUUCUUCUCAAACUGACAAUGUUUAGGUUUUAAGCCAAUAAAGAACCAGUUAAUGUGAAACUAAAUCACAGAGAGUUGGGCUUUUUCCUUUAAGAAGUGGAAUUUUGUUAUGGCAUAUCUAUGCGCUCAGAUCCCAUGAGUCAUGCUUUGAUUAAUUCAUAAGGUAAUUUGGGAAUAGAAUGUUUUCCUAUCCCACCCUCCUGUUUCUCCCCAGAAAUGUGGUAUGUACAUCUGUGAACUUCCUUCUGCAAUAUGGGACACAGACCCCCUCAUGCCUAUUCUAGGACAUUAUUUCUCUUCACCUACAGUUUAUCUUCUUCCCAUCCUGCCCCCGAUGGGGGUUUACUACUUACUGCUGCUCCUGACUUGUUGGCCCUCUGUCUAGGUGUUGAUCAAAUAAAGUUGAAAUUUUAAUGGGUUCAUUAGAAGAGGAGGGGAGGACCCAACCCAGCAUUCAGGAGGCAUGUUUGCAGUUAAUUGUUAUCUUUCAGGCCUUCAUGAAAGCCCCUGCACCUCCCCGAAACUUUGUUCCUUCAAGUCCUGAUGGAAAUAAGGCGUAGGGAUAUGAUAUACUAGUAAAUUUAAAAUGAAAGGAAAAACUGAACCUCUUUUUUUUUUUUCUGGGAUUUUCUCCCAAGUACCUUGCUUGCUGUUUUGUCUUUUUGUUUUGACCUUUAUAAGAAUUUUCUCUUUUAGUCGAUACCUUGCAAGUGUUCUCAGAACAACGGCCUCGCUCAACAAAGGAGGUGCUUUUAGACUUUGGUUUUUAGCUGCUCAUGCUCGAAAUAGUGUAUGGCCUCUUUGUGCAUUUAAAAAAGACAUGGAGUUUCUAAUGCAGAACCAAACGCAUAGAUGUUAUUACUUUGUAUGAUGGUUAAGUUCAUAGCUGUGGGCUUUAUAAUGAGGGUGAUUAAUUUGCAUUCGUGGGUUUCUGCAAGUUUCAGUCCCUUCAUUUAUACACACACACCCUUCAUUUUUUAUAUUAUUUGUGUUACUACAAUAAAAGAUAUAUCAGUGUUUCCAUUGCAAACCUCUAUUAUUAGGGGUUUAUAACUUGGCUGUACAACUUCAUUCUGGGCUUCAGUCCAGAAGUAGCUAAUUCCUGCUCCCCUGCACAUGCGUCCAUGUACCCCCUCUUCCAUGAAUGAAGUGAAAAUGAACUCUUGUCUUUUCAGCAUUUGUGAUUUUUCUUAAAUUUUAUUUCUUUGAGCUGGGGGUUUGGGGAUGGGGGUGGAGAAUUUCCUAAAUCAUAGCUUAUGUUAAAAUGAUUGGUGGUGGUGUAACAUAUUUGGUUUUUUUUAAUAUAUUCUCCAUAAACA